AGCGGCGGCGGCGGCGGCGGCGGCGGCGGCGGCCGGGCCGGGCCGGAGGGCGCCUGCGUGCUGAGGCGGGACGCGGCCCGCCUGGCCGGCUCCGGCGGCGCCUGGGCGGGGGCGGCCGUGGCAGCGGCCGGCAGCGGCGCGGGCGCGGCGGGCGCAGCGAGCCCGGCAGGCGGCGGGGCGCUGACGGCCGGGGGCGCGGCGGCUGCGGGCCGGGCGGCGGGCGAGCGGGGGAAGAUGGCGGAGCUGGGUAAGAAGUACUGCGUGUACUGCUUGGCCGAGGUGAGCCCGCUGCGCUUCCGCUGCACAGAGUGCCAGGACAUCGAACUGUGUCCCGAGUGCUUCUCGGCCGGCGCGGAGAUCGGCCACCACCGCCGCUACCACGGCUACCAGCUGGUGGACGGCGGGCGAUUCACACUCUGGGGUCCUGAGGCGGAGGGCGGCUGGACCAGCCGCGAGGAACAGCUGCUACUGGACGCCAUCGAGCAGUUCGGCUUCGGUAACUGGGAAGACAUGGCUGCGCAUGUUGGUGCUUCACGGACUCCCCAGGAAGUGAUGGAGCACUACGUUAGCAUGUAUAUCCAUGGGAACUUGGGCAAAGCCUGCAUCCCUGACACCAUCCCCAACCGGGUGACAGAUCAUACCUGCCCCAGUGGAGGCCCUCUCUCACCUAGCCUUACCACACCUUUGCCCCCGUUGGACAUCUCUGUGGCUGAGCAGCAGCAGCUGGGCUACAUGCCACUGCGAGAUGACUAUGAGAUUGAGUAUGACCAGGAUGCUGAGACGCUCAUCAGUGGGCUGUCUGUGAACUAUGAUGAUGACGAUGUGGAGAUUGAGCUCAAGCGUGCCCAUGUAGACAUGUAUGUGCGGAAGCUGAAGGAGAGGCAGCGCCGGAAGAACAUUGCCCGAGAUUAUAACUUGGUACCAGCCUUCCUGGGCAAGGACAAGAAGGAGAAGGAGAAGACAUUGAAGAGAAAGAUCACCAAGGAGGAGAAAGAGCUGCGGCUGAAACUACGGCCACUCUACCAGUUCAUGUCCUGCAAAGAAUUUGAUGAUUUAUUUGAAAACAUGCACAAAGAGAAGAUGCUUCGCGCCAAGAUCCGAGAGCUGCAGAGGUACCGGCGCAAUGGCAUUACGAAGAUGGAGGAGUCGGCUGAAUACGAGGCUGCCAGACACAAACGGGAGAGGAGGAAGGAGAACAAAAAUCUGGCCAGCUCCAAAAGGGGGAAGGAGGAUGGCAAAGACAGCGAGUUUGCAGCCAUUGAGAACCUUCCUGGGUUUGAGUUGCUGUCAGAUCGGGAGAAGGUUCUCUGCAGUUCAUUGAACUUGAGUCCUGCACGCUAUGUGACUGUGAAGACUAUUAUAAUUAAAGAUCACCUCCAGAAGCGGCAAGGCAUCCCCUCUAAAAGUCGCCUUCCCAGUUAUCUGGACAAGGUCCUAAAGAAAAGGAUUUUAAAUUUCCUCACAGAAAGUGGGUGGAUAUCCAGGGAUGCUUCCUGAGGCCAGACGAUACUAAAGCAGCUUGUGAGCCAAACGAUCUGGGGUCUCCCCAACAUUGUUGCUCUUUUAAACAAAUUGAAUUCUUUUUUCAAGGCUUAAAUUUUUUUUUUCAUGACCCUCUGGAAGAAGCAAUAGUAGCAAUCUUAAAUUUGACUCAUGGGGGAGAUAAGAGUGUGUCUUUUUAACUUAGUCCUAAGGUAAUCCUUUCAGAAGACAGCUUGCCUUUGUGUUCCCCUGAAGACUGUCCCCCCACCUUGGACGAGUCCCCUUUAUUUCAUGAGCCUUUCCCCGUUUGGGUUUAGAAGCUGUUAUGCUGUGGGAACCAGGAGCUGUGUGUUCCUGCCAUCAGCUUUUCCCUGGUGACACAAGCUUUACUCAGGUGGGCUGUGUUGACACCCCUUUUCUGAGCCCACUGCUGCCCCCCCCCCCAGCUGACACCCCAAGCACAGCCCUGGCACACCGCACUUUACCGGGAGGCAGGCUGUGCACAGGACCCUCUGCUAUGGAGGCCAGAGACCACCACCAGGCCUGCUCCCCACUGAGCCACUUAAGAUGAGCCCCUCAUUUGCACACAGUGACCACAUGAGCUUCCACUUACCUGACACAGCCAUUUCAGGCCCUCAAUAGUGCUUGCUUCAUCUUAGCCUGGUCCAGCCUGGGCUGCCUAGGCAGGCUCUCUUGGCUCAUUCCUGUCCCCUGUGAUUGGGGGACUCAUGGGGGAGCAGUUAAUGGAAGGGCCACAAGGUCAGAUGGGGGCUGCCUUUCACUGCUGUGAAUAUUUAUAGUACACCUGACUUGGAAGACCCUUUUGAGUUCAAGGCAGAGUGUGCAGUGCUGAGAUGGGGCAGUAGGUGCUGAGGACUUCCACCACCAUUGCAGAUCCCCUUUCACUAAAUAUAAGAAGACCAGCCUGGCUCAGUGAGCUGAUUAGGGUAUGGCAGGGGGCCUAGAAGUACAGAGCAUCCUGCCUGUGCCUUGGAGCCUGUGCGCUGCUUUUGUUUGUGAUCUUGCAACAAACUCAGAAAUGGCUCCUUCCCAGCCCUACUGAAAAGCUUGUUUCUGGGGCCUCCUUCAAGGAUUCAUAUGGUACCUUCCUUUUAAACUUGAGGAAGGCGUUUGUCUUCCGGCUGCUCAGGGCUUUCACUCCCAGACUCUGCUUUAGAGUCUUGGAGUGACCACAGCCCCUGCCCUCGUCCCUGAGGUACAAGAGCCUGUUUACCUCAUAGAGUGUUUGGGCUCGGAAGUAAAAGUGAAGUUAGUUUGAAGAAAAUAACUCAUUUCCAAGGACGACAUGACGACGUGCCUUUUCAUUUUACAUCCUCUGUCCCCUAGGGUAAGUUUUUCAGCAUUAAAUAAAACAUUUCAAAUAUACUGUAUAUGGCUUUAGUUGUAAAGUGCAUUGUGGGCUAGCAGGGGAGUGCCCUGUGAGCCAGGCCCAGAUUUCUCUUGACACCAGAAGAUGCUGAGCAAUGGUGUCAAAGGAGCAGCUCCACACUGCCCCCUGCAGUUAGUGGACAGUAGCUGGUGUGACUGAACAGCAAUGGGGUGGUUGGUGCUCAGUGCCUAGUUAAGCCAGUGGUUCUCAAAGUAGGGUUCCCCAGGCACUGUCAGAAAUAGUCAUACCCCAUGUAACUCUCAAAGCAGAGAUUUGGGGGCUUCAUUAAAAGGGACUAGCAGGGUGUUUUUCAAACUUCCUAGUGGUUGGGAUGCAAACUCAAGUUUGAGAACCACUGGUUUUGACCUGGUGUCUCUGGCACCAGUGUCCUAGCUUGGUGAGGUUUGCCGUUUCAGUGUGUCUUCUACAAAAUGACAGCCAGACCUACGUUAGCUUGAGAAGCAGAGGAUUCUGUCAACAUGUGGCCAAGGGCUGUUGGACAAAAAGCUGUGCUUAAGCAGGCAUAUAGUGUGUGUACAUCUUCUGAUGAUAUAAAUUUAUUUGGGCGUGACUGUUUUAAAACACCAUAAUGAAUGUAUAAUUAAUUUAUGUUCAAGUAUUAAUAUUGUUACAAGGGAAAAGUAAUAUUAGGAUUGUUUGCUCUCCUGUCUGCCCCAGCUGUUUCUGGCAUAUUACUCUUUGUUAGCUCAGACAUUGACAUGUUUGUAUUUAAUUCUCUUGAUAAAUUAGCUACUACAACCCCAUGGAACCAAGUCUUUUCAAAUUUAAACAAACUGUCUUUGAGUCAGAAAAGUUAAGAUAAUUCUUCAACUGUUUGAAAUAAUGCUCUCUGGGAGGCCAACAUUCCAAGAAUGUAUUAAGAACUGAAACCCUACCAUUUUUAUUAUUCUUUUACAUUAAAUUGUUGAGAACAGA